CCUCUUCUGGUGUGACAGCUAUUAGCCUGCUCCACACAUCGUGAGUGUAGAACUCCACCGUAUGAGCGUUAGCGAUGCUCAGCGCUAUUGACAGAAACCGCCUUACUUCGUCUAUCCGUGCCCGAAUAUCUGAGGGAGAAUCCUUCAAAGAAGACAUUGAAACUCUUCAAAGAGGGCACUUGAAGAGUACUUGAUAUUAGCGCACGAACGGUGUGUGCCACAAGCCCAAAGCAGUUUCAGACAUGAGAAGUUGAAAAAGGAACCGAUGGAUCCAGGCGGACGAGCCCACGUCAGUUUAGUUGUCUGAAGUUGAUUUUAAUGUCUGGCUUGGUUUGCAUACGUCAUCAACCUGCGUCGGAAAAAUAGAUGCAUGCUGGUGUAGCGUGGAAAUAGUAAACACAAUUUGAUCAUAUCUGGAAUGACUUCACUGCGCUAGAGACAAGACAAGAUGGAUCGAGGGAACUUUGCGGGGAGAGCUGGUAACAACAGAGGUGGUCCCACGAACAGAGGGGGUCCCACCAACAGAGGUGGUCCCACUUACAGAGGGGGUUCCACUAACAGAGGAGCUGGUGGUCCCACUUACAGAGGAGCUGGUGGUCCGACUUACAGAGGGGGUCCCACAAACCGUGGUGGUCCGACUUACAGAGGGGGUCCCACAAACCGUGGUGGUCCGACUUACAGAGGGGGUCCCACAAACCGAGGUGGUCCGACUUACAGAGGUGGUCCCACAAACCGUGGUGGUCCGACUUACAGAGGGGGUCCCACAAACCGAGGUGGUCCCAACAAGAGGAAAUGGGUCCAGGACAACAAGACAUUCGAGGGGAGCUUGAGUGAAGGUCAAGGGUUUGCUUUUAGGCUUAAGCAAAAAGUCCAACAUGAGUACAACAAACUUCUGACGAAGGAGAGGAGGAAAAAGCUUCAACCCAAAUCCCAGCUCAAGGAGGAAUACCCCGAGCAUCUCAGACAUCUGUACGAGGCCGAAAGCGCCAAGCUGAAAAACGAAGCUCUUACAAAUAGAUCCAAAAGAUCUCUUGGCCGAUUCAGUGUUCAGUCAGAGACGCAAGACACAGACAGCCCUGUUGUGAAGGAGGCUGACACGCAACAAGCAGCCAGCACAGAAUCCACCGCUGGGAGCGGAGCUGUUACCGACCAGGGAGACGGCACCGUGCUGAAGGCUGAGGCGCCAGCGCUGAAGGCUGAGGCGCCAGCGCUGAAGGCUGAAGCGCCAGCGCUGAAGGCUGAAGCGCCAGCGCUGAAGGCUGAAGCGCCAGCGCUGAAGGCUGAAGCGCCAGCGGCUACAGAGGAACAAAAGGAGGACUCUCCGGAGCCGGCCAAACCGCUGCCCGUUAUUCCCAUGAGCAACCGCAUGAAGAGGAAACUGACGAGGAAGUCCUCCUACCAGGUCGCACAAGAGGAGUUUCAGGAGGCCAAUGAAAAGAGAAAGAAGAAGAAUGAGGAGUUUCUGACGAACAAGCAGAAGAAAGAGACUGCCAUCCAGAAAUACAAGGACAAGAAGAAAGAGAUGUUUCAGGUUUUGAGCAAAAAGACCAAGAAAGGACAGCCCAACCUCAACCUGCAGAUGGAGUACCUGCUCCAGAAGAUCCAAGGACCUCAGAAGUGACCCCAGGACCGGAAGGAGGAUUUAAUUUCUGGACUGUCGUCCUUUCCUGUGUUCUAUAACAAUGUAUCGAUCAAUAGUUGAUUCUGUUCACAAUUCGAGUGAGCAGUCUGAGUUGCAUCUGAGAGGGGCAUUUAUGUCAUCCUCAUUGACCUGAAUAAUUGCAUUUGGGCGUUGGAUUCUAGGCAACAACACUUCGUCCGAAUGAUGGUGUAUUUUAAAUUGUCUACCACAAGAUGGCGUGUGACAUCAGGGAGUCACGAGUGUCCGAGGAAACUUCAACAGCGAAGUGUCGGGUCAGUCCCCCCAAACCUGAAGUUCAAAAUCCUAUUUUCCGGAUUGCCCUGCUGUUUUUUUUUAAACGUUUUUUAAUUAUUACUUUGGAGCUUGAAAUGUUUUUGAAAAAAAGAUGACUUGUAAUGACUAAUAAAUAUAUAUCAUCCUUUAUUUUUUUUGCAUU